AUGGCUGACACUCACGAGAAGACGGUCGACGGCGUCAUCGCCAACGGCCUGCAAACAACCGAAGAUGUUGAGCGUAUCGAGGCUCCCGUCACCUGGAAGGCCUACCUCAUCUGUGCCUUCGCCUCCUUCGGCGGUAUCUUCUUCGGCUACGAUUCUGGUUACAUCAAUGGUGUUCUUGGUUCUCAAAUCUUCAUCGACGCUGUCGAGCACGUCGGUGCCACAGAAGUCUCUGAGAGCCACACCUCCCUCAUCGUCUCUAUCCUGUCUUGCGGUACAUUCUUUGGUGCUAUCAUUGCUGGCGAUGUGGCCGACUUCAUCGGCCGCAAGUGGACUGUCAUCAUUGGCUGCUUUAUCUACCUGAUUGGUUGCAUCAUUCAGAUGAUUACUGGCGAGGGCUCCUCUUUGGGUGCUAUCGUUGCUGGUCGUCUCAUUGCCGGUGUUGGUGUCGGUUUUGAGUCUGCCGUAGUCAUCCUGUACAUGUCUGAGAUUUGCCCUCGAAAGGUCCGUGGUUCACUGGUUGCUGGCUACCAAUUCUGCAUUACCAUUGGUAUCAUGCUUGCCUCCAUUGUUGUCUACGCCACCAAGAACCGCAAGGAUACUGGUGCCUACCGUAUUCCGAUCGCCAUUCAGUUCCCAUGGGCUCUGAUUCUUGGCGGUGGUCUCUUCCUCCUGCCCGACUCUCCUCGCUACUUCGUUAAGCGUGGUAACCUUGCUGCUGCCACCGCCUCGCUAUCUCGUCUCCGUGGCCAGCCUAAGGAGUCCGAGUAUAUUCAGGUCGAACUUGCCGAGAUUGUUGCCAACGAAGAGUACGAGCGACAGCUCAUUCCCUCAACUACCUGGUUCGGCUCUUGGGCCAACUGCUUCAAGGGUGGUCUCUGGUCAUCCAAAUCCAACCUACGUCGUACUAUCCUCGGUACUUCCCUGCAGAUGAUGCAACAAUGGACUGGAGUCAACUUCAUUUUCUACUACUCCACGCCAUUCCUGAAGUCCACUGGUGCCAUUUCAAAUGAGUUCUUGAUCUCUCUCAUCUUCACACUGGUCAAUGUGUGCUCCACACCGCUUUCUUUCUGGACCGUCGAGCGCUUCGGUCGCCGCACUAUCCUCAUCUAUGGCGCCUUUGGCAUGUUGAUCUGCCAGUUCUUGGUUGCUAUUAUCGGUGUUACUAUCGGUUUCAAUCAUACUCACCCAGAUCCCAAUGAUGCUGACCUUUCCCUGGCCGACAACAUCCCUGCCGUUAAUGCACAGAUCGCUUUCAUUGCGAUUUUCAUUUUCUUUUUCGCCUCUACCUGGGGUCCCGGUGCCUGGAUUGUGAUUGGCGAGAUUUUCCCGCUGCCUAUUCGUUCCCGUGGUGUCGGUUUGUCGACAGCUUCGAACUGGGCUUGGAAUACCGUGAUCGCCGUCAUCACGCCCUACAUGGUGGGAACAAAUCGCGGAAAUAUGAAAUCGAGCGUAUUCUUCGUAUGGGGCGGAUUGUGCACUUGUGCCUUCGUCUACUCGUACUUUUUGGUACCGGAAACGAAGGGGUUGACUUUGGAACAAGUUGAUAAGAUGAUGGAGGAGACGACCCCGAGGACCUCUGCCAAGUGGAGGCCACAUACCACUUUCGCGUCUGAAAUGGCGCACGGUGGCAAGCUCGACAAGGCCGUGGUGGACAGUGUUGAACACCGCUCCUCGGCGGUCUAA